GUGAUUAUAAUAACUUCGUUCCUGACACAGCGUCCAGUGGGGUUUUCUUUGGAGCACAAUCGCCAGCCUAUCUAGGCUACAGGCCACCGGAACGGGAACUGGAUUUAUCCAGCCGGACGUCUGUCAUCAAACCGACUCACCUGCUGACCGCUGGCCACCAUCCCCAACCGCUGUCGCCGAAUGACACGUAUGAGAGGCCAGGUGGGUUAGACCUCCAUGCACUGCAGGAAAGCAAAAGUUGCAAACUCUACGAUAAGGGAGUAACGGUGAGUUACACUUACGACGCCUUUUUCGUCAGCGACGGCCGAUCUCGCCGUAGAAACUCCCUAGGACUCGCCGAGAGGGAAAGACCUCGCUACACCUGCUCCGAGUGUGGAAAACACUACGCCACGUCGUCCAACCUGUCCCGUCACAAGCAGACACACCGCAGCCCAGAUUCUCAUCUUGCCAAGAAGUGUCCAACCUGUGGUAAGAUCUACGUCAGCAUGCCGGCCCUGGCCAUGCACGUGCUAACACACAACCUCAGUCACAAGUGCUCGGUGUGCGGAAAAGCCUUCUCUCGACCUUGGUUACUGCAGGGCCACCUCCGAUCUCACACCGGAGAAAAGCCGUUCGGCUGUGCCCACUGCGGCAAGGCCUUCGCUGACCGGUCCAACUUACGGGCUCACAUGCAGACGCACUCCAGUUUCAAACACUUCCGCUGCCAGCGGUGCAACAAGACCUUUGCUCUCAAGUCCUACCUGAACAAACACUACGAGUCCUCCUGCGUGAAAGACUCUCCACCCGGAUCUCCCGAAUCUCUGGCUUGAAAUCAGAGUCCCCCCCACUCCAGAUGGAGAAUUUGUGAUGUAGGAAAAUCCUCUUGA